UUCGAGCCCAGAGCCCGAAGCAAACAGAUCUCUCUCACGAUCGCUGCACGUUGCAUCCGGAGCAAGCCGAUGGUUCUCUCGUUUUCCUCGAUUUCACGCAGCCUGACAACUCGCACACAGCCGAUCGUUUCGGGACUCUGCCGAGAGCUCGUUUCCGUACCGACGCGUUUCCCGUGCCGAUCGAACCGCGAGCCGAAAAAGUGACCGAACGCCGAUCCCCGAGAUACCUCCAACGAACGAACGACAUUUUCUAUUUUCGACUUUCUUCGAUCUCUUUUUAUCUCUACGGUGGUGAUACAGUGAUUAGAGACUGUCGAGGGAACAACUAUCGGCUAGAUGGCUGUCAGCACUCUGAACAUGGCACCUUACUUCACUGGAUACCCAUUUCAAGGACAAGGGCGUGUGAAUCAACUCGGUGGUGUGUUCAUUAAUGGGCGCCCAUUGCCGAAUCAUAUUCGUCGUCAGAUCGUAGAUAUGGCCGCAGUCGGUGUCAGACCAUGCGUAAUCUCUAGACAGCUAAGGGUUUCGCAUGGCUGCGUGUCGAAAAUCUUGAAUCGAUAUCAGGAAACGGGAUCGAUUAAACCGGGUGUGAUCGGUGGUAGCAAACCACGGGUGGCUACGCCCGAAGUCGAAGCAAAAAUUGAGGACAUGAAGAAACAGAACCCCGGCAUAUUCAGCUGGGAGAUACGGGAGAAGCUGAUAAAGCAGGAUGGUGUCUGUGAUAAAGCGUCAGCACCGUCGGUUUCCAGUAUAUCAAGACUCCUUCGUGGUCCUGCAAAUCAGACUCGGCCCAGUGACGAUCCUCGCAGGAAUCAUUCGAUCGAUGGGAUACUCGGCGGAAGUAGCGGCGAUGAUUCAGAUACAGAAAGCGAGCCAGGAAUUGUGUUGAAAAGGAAACAACGCAGAAGCAGGACCACGUUCACCGGUGAACAACUUGAGCAAUUGGAAGCUGCUUUCCACCGAACUCAGUACCCAGAUGUCUAUACCAGAGAAGAGCUAGCCCAAAAGACAAACUUGACGGAAGCGCGUGUCCAGGUCUGGUUCAGCAAUAGACGGGCUCGGCUCCGCAAGCAGCUGAACAGUCAACAACUGAACGCUUUCAACACAAUGAAUUUACAGUCGUUUCAGUCUCAGCACUACGGCAGUGCUGAGACUUAUCAAAGCUACGGUCAAACAUCGGUAGCCGCAGCCGCAACAACCACCACUGGUUAUCCUCAGCAUUAUAACUACAGCGAGAAUUACUACGCCGCGCAACAACAAUGGCCAAGACCGACCGCAGAGAACUAUGGAUUGUUCAACGCUUCCCAUUACAGCAGCAGCAAUCUAGCAUCGAAUCUAGCAUCCAACAAUCUGAACCUGAGCAGUCUAGGUGGCAGUGUCGCUUCCACCGCGUCAAACAUGGGUGCGUGCAUGGCUCAGAGCGCAACUUCGGGAGUGCCAACUCCUGCUGCGAUCAGCCAUCACGUAACGCCUCACAGCCCCAGCGAGGCAAAAAGUGGCUAUCCCUACUUAGGUGGAAUAGAAUCACAGGUGUGCGGUCGAGUCCACUGAAUUCCAAGGUUUGCGUUGUAGUCAAAUGCCGAGCACCCUUGUUCUGAACGUCUUAUUCGUUAUUAACAUCCACAAAGUGGGACACAAAGUGGAGCACAACGUGGAACACAAAGUGUGACACAAAAUGGAACAUAAAGUAAAAAUGCAACAGAAAAUAAUACACGAAAUGGCACGCAAAAUGCAACUCAAAAUGGAACAAAAAAUGGGACACAGUUGGUUACAAAGUAGGAUGCAAAGUUGGGCACAAUAUGGAGCACAAAAUGAACUAGGGAGGUAAUUCAAAUGUUAAGAGAAAAUUAUGAACGCGUACAAAAUGCCUUUAAAUUAAAGUGCCUUUU